UAGACUACUACAUACCGGUGGAAAAAAUCAAGAGAGAAAGACAUCUCACUUUAAUUAUAUUUGUGCCAGUGUUUAUGGUGUUAAUUAUAGUUAUAUGUUUAUAUGUUGACAAAGAGUACACUUUCUGCCAAACCAAAGAAUGCGAACGAUCAGCGAAUUAUAUACAACAAUUUGUGGAUGAAACACAAAAUCCCUGCGAAAAUUUUUACAACUACGCUUGUGGGUCGAUCUUCAAAAACCACAGAAAUAAUUUUACCAAUACAGUUGACAUAGAGUGGCAAAAAGUACUACAACAACUAGCCAAUUCAAUUGAAGGUCCCAUAUUGGAAAAUGACUCGACUUCCGUGGUGUUACAAAAACAAUUCUACAAAUCUUGUAUGGACGUUAAUGCUAUAGAAAAAGACAAUAAUACAGUUAUACUAAAAAUAUUUAAAGAGUUGGGUGGAUGGCCUUUAUUGGAGGGUAAAAAUUGGAAUGAAAAAGAUUUUGAUAUUUUCAACAUGAUGAUCAAAACACGACAAAAGGGUGACUAUUUUGAAUGGUUUUUGGAUAUCGAUACAGAAAAAGAAUAUUUUGAUCAAAAUAAACGAGAAAUACUUAGGAUCGAUUUACCAGAAGUUAAUAACAUGGACAACAAUUUUAUACCAGAGUAUUUGGAAAUAUUAGUUGAUAUAGUAGUUAGUUUGGGAGCAACAAAAAACCAAGCUUAUGGUGAAAUAAAGUCACUUAUAAUGUUUGAGAAGGAAUUAUCGGAGAUUAUAGAUGAAGUCCAAAAAGUGGAUACGAAUCACCCAAGAAUUUUCACUAUAGAUAAUAUUAAAACCACAUGGCCGAAAAUAUAUUGGCAAAUGUUUUUAAAUAAUAUAACACAAACUACUUUAUCAAACAAUGAUAAGGUGUUAUUUUCUGUUGGAGAUUAUUUACCGAAAUUGGGAGCGUUAUUGCAAAAAAGCGACAAAAGGACACAGGCAAAUUAUAUUCUAUGGAAAAUUCUAGAGAGUUAUACACCGUAUCUAACAAAAUCUCUUAGAGAAAAAAUACAGAAAUACAAAAGGCGAUUAACCCAAUUUACAGAAGAUAUCAACAUUGAAACCAACAGAGCAAAAUUCUGCUUCAAAGAAACAAAUUCAUUUUUUCAGUAUGUACCAGAAGCAGAUUUUGCCAGAAAACACGCAAAUGACGAAAAAUUAAAAGACGUCAAAGAAAUAAUCGAGAAUAUAUGUUGCGCGACUCAAAAAGCUAUACAAAAUUGUAACUGGAUGGAUGAUGAGACCAAAGAAAAAGCUCUUAUUAAGUUGGGAAAGAUACGGUAUAUAAUCGGUGCACCAAAAGAGGUUUUUGAUGAAAAGGAGUUUAAUAAAAUCAUUGGAAUGAACAUGGUGAAGUAUUAUUCAUUAAACAUAAUAGAAAUUAAUAGGGAACUUCAUCGAAGAUACAGUGACCAUAAGUUCAAUUUUGAGAAGACUAAAAUCACUAUGGAAAAAAUGCAAUUUUACUCAUCUAUGGCAUUGGUAAACGCUCAAUUUUUAGUGGAUAGUAAUACAAUGUUGAUUCCAGCCGGAAUACUUCAAGGAGAGUUCUAUUCGAAGACCAGACAAAGUUAUUUGAAUUAUGGCUCUUUAGGAGUGAUUUUGGCUCACGAAAUGGCCCAUGGAUUUGGGAUAGAAGGGUCUAUGUACACUGAGGGGAAUAAAACAACGAAUUGGUGGUCCAAUCAUAGUAAAAACAAGUUUUUUAAAACUGUGGAAUGCCUCUUGAAGAAUUGUAGCACAAAAAGCAAAGUUGACUGUAAAACAAUGCUGGAUGAAAAUUUCGCAGACUAUGCUGCGGUAAAAAUAGCGUUCCAAGCGUAUCAAGAAUGGAUAUCCAAAAAUGGUGAAGAGUCAUCACUACAAGGUUUUCAAUAUGAUGAUCCCAAUCAGUUAUUUUUCACCAAGUUUGCCACCAUCAUGUGCCAUCAAAGUUCCGCAAAAUCGACAUGGAAAUCGAGUAAAGAGACCAUACAUUUAUCACCAGAUGAAAGAGUUUUUGGUUCAUAUAGAAAUUCACUGUAUUUUUCAAAAGUUUUCUUUUGUUCAGAAGGGAGUGUUAUGAAUCCCACAGAUAAAUGUGUUGUGUUUUAAAUUACAAAGACUGAUAAUAAUAUUAAUAAUAAAAGUAUACCCAUGUUUAUAUUGUUAUUAAUAAUUAUAACUACAAGCUUA